CAAAUCGCAGGAUUAAAUAUAUUGAACAAAUUUUUCAACAAAAACUAAAUUUCAGCUUGCAUAUUAAAAAAAAAAGAAAACAGUUAUAAAUGUUAAAAUUCAAUUAUUAUGGUAGUACGUGCUCGUUGCAACUCUGAAGAUAUGUAGACUUUUGUUCGUGAAUACUUUAAAGAAAUUUUAUUAUGGCUUAUAAAAGAGAUGGAUAAGGUUUCAAGCCUCUUGAAAGUUCGAAAUACAACAAAAUAGCAUCGAGGCAUUUCUGAGAAGUAGCCAAGGUGAACGAAAAUGGUGGCUUCAUAUGGCAAAAAACAGUGCUCGGAUAAUUUAAAUAAGUUCAAGCCGAUCAUUUUUUUUAUCUUGCAUUUAAAUAGUAGUAUUCAGCAGAUAAGCGCAUCAUCGUUUUUAAUAAUCAAUGACUUGGCCACAUUGGAUCGACCUUACUUUGACGAUAUAAGCCCCAGAAAUGUCUCAGCUGUUGUUGAUGAAACAGCAAUUUUAAGAUGCCGAGUUAAGAAUAAAGGAAAUCGAACUGUUUCGUGGAUGCGCAAGCGAGAUCUUCAUAUUCUGACCACAAACAUCUAUACAUACACCGGGGAUCAAAGGUUCUCCGUUUUACAUCCGCCAAGCAGCGACGACUGGGACUUGAAGAUUGAUUACGCGCAAACCCGAGACAGUGGCAUCUAUGAGUGUCAAGUAAAUACAGAGCCGAAAAUCAACUUGGCAAUUACUUUAGAGAUCACAGCUGAAAAUGAUAUGAGAGACAGGAAUUCAGAGAAACUAUACUAUAAUUCAAAAGCGGCACGGGCAAAAAUUUUGGGAUCGACGGAAAUACACGUAAAGCGAGAUAGUACGAUUGCUUUGGCCUGCUCCGUAAAUAUACACGCAUCGUCUGUAUUGUGGUACCACGGCUCAGCGAUAGUCGACUUUGAUUCACUUCGAGGCGGCAUUAGCUUGGAAACCGAGAAGACCGAUGCUGGCACCACAAGUCGUCUAAUGCUGACACGCGCUUCUUUGCGGGACUCCGGAAAUUACACAUGUGUACCCAACGCAGCCGUACCGGCUUCUGUUCGUGUUCACGUCUUGACGGCUGAGCUGACCUAGUAUAUUCACAAAAAUGUCAGGAAUAAAACGAGAGAUAAACUUAUGUAUGGAGUCUAUCAUUCAAGAAAUUGUGGACACAAUUUGUACUUGUCCAUACUCAAGGAAAUAUGGCAGAGGGAAACGGACAAACGACGAAUAUUGGCACCUCAACGGAGAUCCGUUAAAAUAGAACCUUACGCCUUACAUAUUGAAACAGGACUUGUCCUUUUAUACCUGGAAUCACACAGAUAUAUUUCAAAGGAAACUGCAAAAUAUAUUUUUCUGCAAGUAAUAUACAAUGGGAAUGGGAUACAUUUGUAGCAGAGCCUAAAAACAUGAUCCUCUAUUAUUAAAAUAAAUUUCCCUGG